CGCCGGGGCCGCCCUUCUUCCCCCUGAGGGAAGCGAGCGACACCGCGCCAUAGGAGGGUCAAGGGGGUCCGGGCGACUCUCGCUCCCACCCGCCAGAUUUGCCCGGAGAGGAACUUCUCCAACUCUGCAAAUCCUGAUUUGUACAGUGCCUGCCCAAGGCUCCCAAGCACAAUGGUACUUUCCUGGGCUGCAGUCAUUGCUAUGUUUGCGCUUUCCUCCAUUUACUGCCUAGUUUCUCACCACGGCCCAGAGCUGUGGUUUCAAGACCUCUUCCCUUCUAAAGUUUGCCCUGCAAACACCAGCAUGGACACGUUAUAUGGCAUUAUGUUUGAUGCAGGAAGCACAGGGACACGGAUUCACAUUUACACCUUCGUACAGAGAAGCCCAGAAAAACCUGCAGAGUUAGAAGGUGAAAUCUUUGAAUCAGUCAAGCCAGGACUCUCCGCCUAUGCUGAUCAGCCUGGAAAGGGAGCAGAAACAGUCAGACAAUUAUUGGACAUGGCUAAAGAAGCUGUACCGCCCAGUCACUGGAAUAAGACCCCAGUAGUCCUGAAAGCCACGGCUGGUCUGAGGUUGUUAGCAGAGCAUAAAGCCCAAGCUUUACUCUCUGAGGUCAGGGUGGUCUUUGAGGAGUCACCAUUUCUAGUUCCUGAUAACAGUGUUAGCAUCAUGGAUGGAUCUUAUGAAGGUAUACUAGCCUGGAUCACUGUGAACUUUUUGACAGGGCAGUUGUAUGGCCGGAAUCAGCAGACGGUGGGGACCCUGGAUCUGGGAGGAGCCUCAACCCAGAUCACAUUCCUGCCACAGCGGGAGGAAACCCUAGAGCAAACACCAAUAGAUUUCCUUACCUCAUUCGAAAUGUUCAACAGCACUUACAAGCUCUACACACACAGCUAUUUGGGGUUUGGUCUGAAGGCUGCACGGCUUGCUACAUUGGGAGCCCUGGAAAUGGAAGCAUCAGAUGGACGGACGUUCCGAAGUUCAUGUUUGCCAAAACAGCUGGAAGCAGAAUGGCACUUUGGAGGAGUGAAAUACCAGUAUGGUGGCAACAAAGAAGGAGAAACGGGAUUUGAACCUUGCUAUUCUGAAGUGUUGAAGGUGGUAAAGGGAAAACUGCAUCAACCAGAUGAGAUUCGGCACAGCUCCUUCUAUGCCUUUUCCUAUUAUUACGAUCGGGCUGUGGACACCGCCCUGAUAGAUUAUGAGAAAGGCGGUGUUCUCAAAGUGGAAGACUUUAGAAGAAAAGCCAAAGAAGUGUGUGACAAUCUGGACAGCUACAGCUCUGCCAGUCCUUUCCUUUGUAUGGAUCUCAGUUACAUUACAGCUUUAUUAAAAGAAGGAUUUGGAUUUGCAGACAGUACAGUUUUACAGCUGGCAAAGAAAGUGAACAACAUAGAGACAAGCUGGGCUCUAGGUGCUACCUUUCACCUCCUGCAAUCUCUUGGACUCUCCCAUUGAGAAAACAUCAUCUAUAGAAUAUUAUAUUUUCUUGAAACAAGAAAAGGCAAUUCUGAUGAGCAUACAGCCAAACACAGACCAAAGUAGAACUGGUUACCUUUAAGACUGAGUGGUUCCAAGCUGUAAUAAGAUGGGUCCUUCUAGGGUAGUAACAUAUGCUUCGUUGUACAAUUGCUUAACUGAUGCCAAAGGGCCUGAAUUCUGGGUUUAUCGCUUUGGAGCUGAUCUUGUGCACAGGUGAAGCACAUCUUUAGCCAAGGCAUUUGUACACAUUUGGUACAAAUGCAUCCCAAUAUUGAUCUUCCUCCAUAAUAAUAUUAUGCAGGCCUUCUUGUGCAUGAAACUUAAGAUUCAAAUCUCAAAUAGAUGCUUACGUAAUGAGUUGUUUUUGAACAAAGCUGGAGUGUGCCAUUUACCAACGCUUUGACAUUUAACAAGUUAAGAUUUUUAAGAUUAAUCAACUCCUGAAGAGGGCUGCUGAAACUGGUGGAGUGUUAGUUGUGACAGUCAGUGGAAAAACUUGUUUGUCAACCCUCACAUAUAAGUAGCUGGCUAAACAUAGCAGUAAAGACUUUAGGAACAUCCCAAAAACUUCUCUCCUCUUUACAUCUCUAAAGCUGAGAGCAAGCAAAGGCUUGUAUAUAAGCAUUUUCUGGCUACUUUAGAGGACCACGAGGAGUGCUGGGGAUGAACUGACAUAAUUUGCUUCUCAGUCUAGCCUUAAAGAAACUUUUAAUGCAAGGCAUCCUGGUGCCUCCUUCCAGUUGCAAAUGAAGGCCUCCGAAAUAAACUUCUUUGGAAAAUGGUAUGGUUAACUGGACCCCAGCAUGGGACUAUCACUGAAGCUGAUGCACUACAUGCUGUCACACCUUAAACAUUGUGUUUGAGCAGGACAUUUCAGACUGCAUAAAUAUGAGACUUAACAUGGUAGCCACUGCACAAAGUGUUUCAUCUCUGUGUUGUCCAGAUAUACCAGUACAGUGUAAACGCUUGCUAAAGAAACCUUGACCAAAUUAGGUUAAGACAUGCCAACCCAAAAUCUCAUUUGACAACACUUUUGCCCCACUGCCCUCUUACUGGAGAUGAAAAGGUAUUCUGGCAUUAUCUGCAGAAUACAAAGUUGGGACACUUACAGUGCAUGUUUGCUCUGAAGUAAUUCCUAUUAGCUCAUUGGGACUUACUCACAAGUAAGUGCAUAGGAUUAGCUUUUUGACUGUGUAUCGUAUUGCCCUGAAUAAGCCUUUAUUUCUACCUAUUUCAGUAUACAUUAGAAAAUUACGAUGGAAGCCUUAGUUUGGCAGGAACUAUUCUGCACUAUCCUCUCUUUAAGUGUCCGAACUCAUUAAUUCUUCUUGACUUAUCUCUAUAACCCUAAAUCAAAGCCCAGCUUCUCUGCACUUUGCUUUCUUGUCCCAUGAGGCAAGUAGUAAAGAAGAUGGCAAACUGGAAGCAAAAUGUUUGGUACUGGACCAGAGCAACAUAGUUUGUUAAAACUCAUUAUAAACUUUUCCUCUGAAACCUCAUUUGUAAACUCAGGCACAAGAUUCUUUUUUCUUUGCAUUGCUCUUCCUCUACCAAAGUUAACCUAUGUUUGAAAAAUUCAGGGUCUUUAUUUCUUCAGGUACUACGUGUUUUGAUUGAUGAGUAACUUCUGCUGCUAAUUAAGAGACCAUUUCUAUAGUCAACCAAAACUGGGCACCAGUUGAGUUUGUCAGGUAGGGCACAAGACAGACAAGUAGUUUCUUCCUCUUAUGAUCCCAGUGGUGGUGGUACAGAAUUCUAUCUUGCUUCCACAAAUGCCCAUACCUUUCCUAGUGCAAUGAGAUUAUUCACAGUAUAAUGAUCUGUGCGGUGGCCUUGUUGAAAAGCACCUAUGUAAUUGGCGGAGGAGGAAAGAAGCACAUAUUUAACAGUGUAGUAAAUUAAGAGUUUUUAAGAAGUCAGAAGUGAAAGCAGAUUACGUUUUACAUAAUCUUGUAGGUUGAAAGGACACUUAUUUUGGUUUAGCUUAAACCUAUUUUAAAAAGUUAAGCUAAACUGUUAAGCAGACUGAGCCCCUCUUAAAUAAAUUUCCACAGAUGUAGCAUUGCAAGUACAGGUUGAGUGCUGAUAAGCCUUAGAAUAUCUUUUCAGACAAGUUCUGAAAGUAGUUAAUUGUCAGACGAUAGUGUAAAUAUCCUUGCUUAUUAGUUGUGUUCACAUUACUUGGUGCUGUAAUGCCAUUAAACUGAUAAUGUCUGGCCUGGUUGUUUGGCACAUGACUAUGAUAGGGCUGUUUGAAUGUCUAUUUUAGUAAUUAAACAAUAUUUUUAACAAAA